AUGUCUCUCUCAAACCGCGCCCAUCAAGCCGGGGAGUCAUGCAAGGGCAUGGAGCUAUGGAAAGUUAUUACCAAUCUCUUCGACGCAGAGACCAAUCCAGAUGGAAUCGUGAGUCUGGGCGUGGCCGAGAAUAGCCUCAUGCAUGAUGUUCUCAGGAAGCAUAUCCACGACAAUCUGGCUCUGAGCAACCCGGCUUUCACUUAUGGCGAUGGAACUACGGGCACGAAGAGAGUCAAGCAGGCUGUCUCCCGCUUCUUGAAUACCCAUCUCAAGCCCUUUCGGCCUAUCGAGCCGGCGCAUAUCACCAUGACCAACGGGUGCAGCGCUGCUAUUGAGCAUCUAUCGUGGGCUGUUGCGGACCCUGGAGAUGCGUUUCUGCUGGGACAGCCUUACUACGGCACUUUUGUUCCUGACCUCACAUCCCGCUUUGGAGCCAAACUUCAUCUUGUGUCCUUCGGCGAAAAUGAUCCUGUUGGCGAGGACGCAGUAGCCAGGUAUGAGGAAGUCAUUCUCGAUUCUCAAUCCAAAGGGGUCAAGGUUGCCGGUUUGAUAAUCAGUCAUCCGCACAAUCCUCUUGGACGAUGCUAUUCUCGCAACACUCUCAUUGCCCUCAUGAAGCUGUGCCAGAAGCACAAGGUUCACUUCAUCAGCGAUGAGAUCUACGCCUUAUCUGUCUGGUCCAACACCGUCGAUCAACACCCUCCUGCUGUUCCCUUCGAAUCAGCCCUUAGCAUCGACACUACGGGUAUCAUUGACCCUGGUCUUGUGCAUAUUCUAUGGGGCAUGUCCAAGGACUUUGGCGCCAAUGGCAUCCGCGUUGGAACUAUCGUGUCCCAGGCCAACUUAUCUCUACAUGCCGCUAUCGUAGCAGUCGGACUAUAUAGUUCGGUCUCCUCCAUCUCGGACCAUGUCACAGUCAAUAUUCUGGAGGACGAUGCAUUUGUCGAGUCAUAUCUGGCCGAGAACCAAAGAAAGCUUUCAACCCAGUAUACACGGGUCGUCUCGUGGGCGCGGAAAAACAAGAUUGAUUACGCCCCUGGUGUGAAUGCUGCCUUCUUCCUGUGGGUUGACCUCGGUAAGGCUUAUGAGGCACGACACCCUGAGGUGAAGGCUGACGACAUCACGGAUCUUGUCAUGGCCAAACUGAUGAAGAGGAAAGUAUUCCUGGCGUCAGGCAAAGUUUUUGGUUCGGAGAAGCCUGGCUGGUUUAGAAUCGUGUUUUCUCACUCUGAUAACAACCUUGAUCUGGGUCUCCAGCGAGUAAUAGAAGCGUUGCAAUAG